GAAAAAAGGGAAGUGACAAAGUGAGGUUAUAACUUUCACUUUGAAAGUUCUAAAUUCACAAAAUUGAAAUUUAAAUAAAUGUUUCAUCAUGGACAAAAAGAAAGAACCCUUGAAAAAAGAGAAGGUUGCAGAAGAUGGAUUGACAAAGAAGGAACGUAGGGCAUUGAAAGUACAAGUUAAAAAAACGGAGAUACAGAAUGUAAUACAAGUUAAUGAAACAAUUGUAGAAAACAAACCUAACCCUGAAAAAGAGAAACAAAAACAGAAUGUAUCACAUAAAACUAAUGAUACUCCCAAUGACCCCCCAGUCUCUGGAAAACUACUAUCAGAUAAAGAACUGAGGAAAUUGGAGUGGGAAAAAAAACUCACAGAUCAAAAAACAAAGGAACUAGAAAGUGUCAAAGCUUUGAGCAAAGCAGAAUUGAAGGCAAAACGUAGAGAGCAGCAAGAGAGUCAAAGAUCAGCUAAAACUUCAUCUAAAGUUGAACCAACUCCAACAAAAACACCUUCAGUUAAUAUCAAGCAGUCAAAAACUGAACCAAAAAAAUCACCUGUUCAAAAACAAAUUAUUAGAAAAACUAUUCCCAUUCAGAGGGUACAACUUGUGCAACAUUUAUACAUUGAUAAUUCCUCAGAAUCCAAUGAUAAAAAUUCAAUUCUCCACAAUAAAGUUCAUCCAGCCUUUGUCAGGCUAGGUACACAAUAUUCAAACAAAAAUGUUCUAGGGUCCAAUGCAAGAUGUUUAGCUCUUCUAGCAGCUCUCAAGCAAUUAGUUGACAAUCUCCAAACUCCUCCCAAGCAAGAGUUCUGUAGAUAUCUAGAAACUGUAUUGAAAUCAUGUACAAACUACUUGCAGAACUGCCGCCCACUUGCUGUGUCCAUGAUAAAUGCUCUCAGAAAUUUCAACUUACAAUUAACUCAGAUUGACACAAACCUGAAUGAUAAUGAGAAGAGAAUCAAGUUGCAGGAUGUUAUAGACAUUUAUAUAAAUGAUGAUAUUAGAAAAGCUGGUGAAGCAAUCAGUAUGAGAGUCAGAGAAAAAAUAAGUGAUGGAGAUGUAAUUUUAACUUAUGGGUGCUCUUCAUUGAUAAGAAAAAUACUCCUUGAAGCCCACAAGGAUGAAAAAAAAUUUGAAGUAAUCAUAGUGGAUAGCAGACCUUUACUGGAAGGCAAAGAAAUGUUGAGAAGAUUAGUUGUUGCUGGUAUAAAAUGCUCUUAUGUCCUCAUCAAUGCUCUCAGCUAUGUCAUGAACAGCGUAACAAAGGUCAUUUUGGGGGCACAUGCCUUACUAACCAAUGGGUAUGUCAUGUCCAGAAUAGGCACUGCCCAAGUGGCUCUGCUUGCCAGGGCCUACAACAAACCAGUCCUGGUUUGUUGUGAGACAUAUAAAUUCAGUGAAAGGGUUCAAACAGACUCAUUUGUUUAUAAUGAAAUUGGUGAUGCAGAUUUAUUGAGGACCACUCAUACUUCUGAAACUGAGAGCCCACUAAGUAAAACUAAAGAUAUGAACAAGUUGAUGCCACUGAAUCUCUUGUAUGAUGUCACUCCUCCAGAUUUGGUGACUGCUGUAGUAACUGAAAUUGCAAUUUUACCUUGUACUAGUGUCCCUGUGGUUCUGAGAAUCCAUGCUGAUGAGUCUACCUAAUUAAAAGUCUUCCAUCAACUGGUU